CGGGUCUUCUCAUGUCCUCUCAUGUCUUAUCAGGGCGCAGAGUGGAGCGUCUGCUUAUCCCUUUUUCUGCUCCAUUACAAGCAUUUUCCCUUUCUGCCAGCUGGAACACAACAUGACGACCACAGACAACUUGUAGCUAUGGACUUUGGCUGCUGACAGCUUUGUGGCAUCUUUUUGAUGCCAUUCUGGGAAGGUGAAGUCAUAUAUCGGGGUGAUCUUGGCACGGUCCAAAAGUGUGAUGGAGAUACAGGACCCGUGCCACAGCAAACGCUACAUCGACCCCUGGGAAAGCCCCGUGAUCAGCGCCAUCAUGUUUGGCGCCGGCAUCCUUGGCAACGUAGCCGCCCUGGUGAUCCUGGAGAUUCGUCGACGGCGCGACAUGAAGACCCCAGGCAGUCGGGGACGCGCGCUGUUCCAUGUCCUCAUCACCUCACUCGUGCUGACGGACUUGGGUGGGACAUGUCUGAUCAGUCCACUUGUCCAGCUGUCGUACUCCAGCAACAUCACCUUGGAGGGAAUGUCGCCAGGUACUCACGGCGUCUGCUCCUACUUCGGAUUCAGCAUGACCUUCUUCAGCUUGGCCACCAUGUCACUGCUCUUCACCAUGGCUCUGGAAAGGUGCUUGGCCAUCGGCUACCCCUACCUUUAUAGCCGGCACGUCACUAAGAAAUGUGCCUACAUCACCAUACCGGCCGUCUUUUUCCUCUGCUUUCUAUUCUGUCUCUUUCCUUUUGUGGGUUUUGGUACAUACGUACAAUAUUGUCCCGGCACUUGGUGCUUCAUUGACAUGAACCCGGAGAGGACCGAGGACAGGGUGUACGCCAACCUGUACGCCACCAUGAUGUUGGUUCUGGUGCUGGCGAUAGUGGCAUGCAACGCCUUUGUGGUGUACCAACUGCUGCGCAUGUACCAGCGCCGCAGGAUCAACCGAGGCUCCAUCAUGGCCAACGUGCGCCCAAACGGUGAGCGUAAGCUCAUGUCUUUGGCUGAAGAGGUGGAGCAUCUCAUCCUACUGGUCAUCAUGACCAUCAUCUUCAUCAUCUGCACAGUGCCCCUAGUGGUUCGUGUGUACAUCAACUCGGUUGGCGUCCGCAAAGAAUCCCACGACGUGGAUCUGAUUGCCCUCCGUUUCAUCUCGGUCAAUUCCAUCAUCGACCCGUGGGUUUUCAUCCUCCUCUCUCCCGGUGUGCUGCACUUCUGCUGGGCCUCCACCUGCAAAACUCCAUCAAGAUCUUUAAAGGCUUCUGGAUUCAAAUCCUCAAUAGACAAAGACAUUCGAACAAACGUGGAGCUAUCUGGUCCUGAACUGCAAUACACAGAGUCAUGUGUGCCUCAAGAAAAUGUAUGACUAUACAAGUCCUUUUUAUUCCCUUCUAUUUAUUUUCCAUUCUCAAAUGUUCCAGUGUUGGAUGUAUUUGAUAACCAAGGCUCAAAGGUUCUGUCACUUGUGUUUAUUUGCUAUUGGGGGAGUUUAUUCUUAUCAGCUGGUGGCAGUCCCUUAUCAUGUUCCAGUCAUUUCCACUUGUAGUUCAGUAUUUUUCAACAUGCUUUGUCAAGUAUUUAUAUGUCAAAUAGUCAGCUCAAACAGUGAUAAACAAAGACCAAAAUGUUGGUUUAGGGUUGCUGAGAUAAGCACCAGCGCCCCCCGCAGCCCCAAAGGGAAUAAGCUGCAGGAAAUGGAUGGAUGAAUAGUAUAACUAACUCAAAUAUAAAGGGUUAGGAUUAGACCAAUAUUUGACAAACUAUUUCCUGUGUUGCCAUACCUCUAAUGGUGCAAAUACCAGUUGAAAUACUUCAAACUAGACAUCAUUUGGCUUGGAAACAAAAUUAUUUGUAAUCCGGCAAACCCCCGAGCUUUUUUGACUCCAACGCCAAACUGUGACCUGCUGAGGUAACCUUUAACCUCCCACAAGAAUGUCUCUCAGUACUGCUGCGGUAUUUUUUCCUGAAUGUGACACCAAGAGACAUCAAGGAAGGUCCCCCGUUUGCACCAAAAGCACUGCAUCAUUUAUCACCAGGAAGCCCUUCACUCGGGUAAAAGAUUUCCUGUUAAUCUUUGUGGUUUGACUUUUCACCGCACCGCAAAGAUCAAGUGUUUUUAUUUCUCUCUCGAAUCAGGACGAUGAUGUGAGGCUGUGAUUCUCAACCGUUGGGUUGAAGGUAUUUGCCAAACAAAUAUUAAAUACUGUACUAGGGGUGUAACGAUACACGGAAAUUUUGGUUCGGUACGUACCUCGGUUUAGAGGUCACAGUUCGGUUUAUUUUCGGUACAGUAAGAAAACAACAAGAUAUACAUUUUUUGGUUAGUUAUUUACCAAAUUUGUAAACAAUGGCUUUAUCCUUUUAACAUUGAGAACACUAUAAUAAUUCUGCCCACGUUAAUUAACAUUAAACUGUGUCAAGUUGUUGCUCAGAUUAAAUAAAAUGACAAAACUUUUCUUCUACAUAUAAAAUAAAUAAAAAUAAUAUAAAUGAGUUGUACUUGUUAAGAAGUGCAACAUUAAACAGUUUCAAGUCAACUCAUCAUGCUUAAAUUUUCACAGCAUUUGGGAAGCCUGUAGUUGAUUUUUAUUAUGUAAAUGUUAUAUUUUUAUUAACAUGUGAUAGCAGGGACCCUGCCAUUCAAAGCUUUUUUGUCCGUAAAACACACGCACACCGCAAAAUGAGCUAACGUUACGCUAAAAGCUAAUCAGCCUUCACCUCAAGCCAGAACUGCGAGCGAGCUGAGCUGCAGUUCAAGUUUCUAGCAGGUCAACGGGCUCAUAGUGAAGCUAGUAGUAGUUGACUGGGAGGUGUUUAUUAUCAUUUGGGGAGAGUACGCUGCCUUAUGCUCACCUGCUAAACACCUAUCUGCUCGACGCUGAAGCAUUUACUAUAUGCGCUCUGAAUACGCAUUGCUGAUUGGCUGUUACCGCUAUAUAUGUAACCAAUCAGAUGGUUGUGUGGGUGGGACAAUGCUGGGUGCUGAGACAGAGGCAAAAAAAGCAAAGCAGCUUGUUAAGACUUUAGGUUCGAAACUUGUUCGGUACACCCCCGUACCAAACCAAAACCUCCGUACCGAAACGGUUCAAUACAAAUACACGUACCGUUACACCUCUAGUAUAUAUAAUGUGAGAACCUUAAAUACACAUCACAUUCUUGUCUGUGCUAGUCGCUUGCUACGCCGCUAUGAGAGGCACGCUCUCUCUGGGCGACCUUGUCACGCUUGUGCGGAAAGGGAAGGACGCGGAACGGGAACUUAUGUGUCCGUGGUUAAGGAAGUUAUGGGUUCCGUGAGCAGAAGAGGGAUGCAUCUGUAGAUAUUUGCCAUUAUCUCACCGCUACAGCUCAUAGAGUCCUAUUCUCCAAUGUGCUUGAAUGAAAAAAAAAACAUGCAGAUGUGCAGCAAUCUUCCACUAGAUGUAAUCAUCGUCAUCCAAGAGACGCGCUGUGGGUGGAACAACCGUAAAAUGUGCGCAAAGCAAUGCAUGUAACGAUUUUGGCUGGAUUGUGAUCAUUGAAGUAUGCAAAUAUUUAAUAGAAAUAGAGUCUAAGACGUUAUAAAAAGGACGAAAGGGUCAACAACAAAAAAUGUAGCGGCCUAACGGAACGAUAUAUCCAUCGGUUUUCUACCGCUUGUCCCUCAUUUUCUACCGCUGGAGCCUAUCUCAGCUGCACAUGAGCGGAUGGCAGCGUACACCCUGGACAAGUCCCUACCUCAUCGCAGGGCCAACACAGAUAGACAGACAACAUUCACACUCACAUUCAAACAUUAGGGACCAUUUAGUGUUGCCAAUCAACCUAUCCCCAAGUCAUACUUGCCAACCCUCCCGGAUUUUCCGGGAGACUCCCGAAAUUCAGCGCCUCUCCCGAAAAUCUCCCGAAAUUCAGGUCGGAGCUGGAGGCCACGCUCCCUCCAGCUCCAUGCGGACCUGAGUGAACACAGACUGUUUUCACGUCCGCUUCCCCACAAUAUAAACAGCGUGUCCGCCCAAUGACGUUAUAACUGUAGAAUGAUCGAGGGCGAGUUCUUGGUUUCUUAUGUGGGUUUAUUGUUAGGCAGUUUCAUUAACGUCCUCCCAGCGCAGCAACAACACACAACAACAGCAGUCACGUUUUUGUCCACCGUAAAGCAGUGUGUCUGCCGUAAACAGCAAUGUUGUGACACUCUUAAACAGGACAAUACUGCCAUCUACUGUACAUGCAUAUGUGACAGUAACAUCUACGGCAGAGGUCACCAACCUUUUUGAAACCAAGAGCUACUUCUUGGGUACUGAUUAAUGCGAAGGGCUACCAGAUUGAUACACACUUAAAUAAAUUGCCAGAAAUAGCCGAUUUGCUCAAUUUACCUUUAACUCUAUGUUAUUAUUAAUAAUUAAUGAUAUUUAUCUUUGUGAAAACACUGAUCAUCUUAAUGAUUCCUCACAAUAAAUAUAUAUUUUUGAUGACAUGUUUUAAAUAGGUUAAAAUCCAAUCUGCAUUUUUCUAGCUGUAAAUAUACUCCUCCCCUCUCAACCACGCCCCGCCCCCAACCACACCCACCACCCUACCCCCGACCACGCCCCCCACCUCCCGAAAUCGGAGGUGUCAAGGUUGGCAAGUAUGCCCCAGGUGCGGGGAGAACAUGCAAAUUCCACACAGAAAGACCCCGAGACCAGGAUUGAACCCAGGACCUUUGUAUUGUGAGGCACAUGUACUAACCCCUGUACCACCGUGCUGCUAAAUAUUUGUACAGUCAAUGUCAAACUGCUCUCCGUCAUUAGUGCAUGCAAACACACUCACACACAUACAUACAGGAUACACAUACAGGAUUUCUGAGGCGUCACAGCUUCACAAACCAACCAUCCAUCCAUCCAUUUCCUACUGCUUGUCCCUCUCGGGGUCGCAGGGUUACUGGAGCAUAUCUCAGCUGCACUCGAACGGAAGUGUGGCUUCACAAACAUUUGUGAAGGGGUGGUAUAGCUCGGUUGGUAGAGUAGCCGUGCCAGCAACUUGAGGGUUCCAGGUUCGAUUCCCGCUUUCGCCAUACUACCGUUGUGUCCUUGGGCAACUUGCUCCCACUGCCACACCCACACUGGUUUAACUUUAACUUAGAUAUGGGGUUUCACAAUGUAAAGCGCUAUAUAAAUGUAAUUCACUUCACAUUUCUACUAAAUAGAAGGUUUAACAUAUUAUCAGGGUGGUUACACUAAAUAAGUGACACAAAGCUUCAGCUAAAGAUUAAUCGUCACACACAGCCUGGUAGAAGAAGCUGUUACACACUACGCAUCGCCAUGACGACACGACAUCUAGCGCAGCCUGGACAAACUUGAAGUGUUCUCUUUUCCGUGGAUUUCAAUAAAAAUGAAAAGUGUCAGUAAAACUUCAUGUUUAAUAUUUUCCAAAUGGCUUUUCAUGGCAAAGUCCGUCUCGUAAGUAAUGAGCCCGCCUUUAUUCACGAUCUAAUGCAGCUGUGCCUAACGUACAUGUGUCCGCAGGCUGGGUGGCAGAAUAUGAAAAUCGGAAAUGUACGAAACUUCAAACACUUAUGCGAAAACAAGAGAAUAGGGCUGUCACCCAAAGACUUCCAGGUACGACGGGAGGUUUCUGGGCUUCUGGAAUCCUGGUCUUGAACUUUUCUUAAAGACCUACUGAAAUGAGAUUGUCUUAUUCAAACGGGGAUAGCAGGUCCAUUCUAUGUGUCAUACUUGAUCACUUCGCGAUAUUGCCAUAUUUUUUCUGAAAGGAUUUAGUAGAGAACAUCGACGAUAAAUUUCGCAACUUUUGGUCGCUAAUAAAAAAGCCAUGCCUGUCCCGGAAGUAGCAGACAAUGUGCGUGUGACGUCAUCCUCACGUUGUUUAUAAUGUGAGCCAACAGCAGUAAGAGCAAUUCGGACCGAGAAGGGGACGAUUUCCCUAUGAAUUUGAGCGAGGAUGAAAGAUUCUUGGAUGAGGAAAGUUAGAGUGAAGCACACACAAAAAAAAAGCCGACGACUCCAGGCGGCGGCAGUAGGAGAGUUUCAGAUGUAAUUAGACACAUUUACUAGGAUAAUUCUGGAAAAUCCCUUAUCUGCUUAUUGUGGUAAUGGUAUUUUAGUGAGAGUAUAGUCGUACUUGAAAGUCGGAUGGCUGCGGUGAACGCCAGUGUCUCUGAGAGAAGCCGAGGAGCCAAGAUCACAGCUGCCUUUUUGAGCUGCAGGAUGAGGUUGUGUAAUUCACUCAAGUCUCUGGUAAGAGCCGACUUAAUAUCACAAUUUUCCCAUCCAAAAGCUUGCUGGUUGACGUAGGGAAACAUGACGGCUUGACCGCUCUGUGUUAAAGCUUCACAACAAACAAAGAAACACCGUCUGUGUUUCGGUUGCUAAAGGCAGCUGCAAUCCACCGCUUUCCACCAACAGCAUUCUUCUUUGACGUCUCCAUUAUUAAUUGAACAAAUUGCAAAAGAUUCAGCAACACAGAUGUCCAAAAUACUGUUUAAUUAAUGAAAAGAGAUGACCUUUAGUCAUAAGUGGUGCUACGCUAAUAUGUCCCCUCCAACCAAUAAUGGAAUAAUAUUCCGCGACGUUUUCAACAGGAAACUCCGCGGGAAAUGUAAAAUUGCAAUUUAGUAAACUAAAAAGGCCGUAUUGGCAUGUGUUGCAAUGUUAAUAUUUCAUCAUUGAUAUAUAAACUAUCAGACUGCGUGGUGGGUAGUAGUGGGUUUCAGUAGGCCUUUAAAAGAAAAGUUCUACCUGAGUUGGAAACACAGCAAGCCUUCACCAAAAUCCCAGGGUACUUGAAAUGUGUUCUUUUCAUUUGAAACGGCAUUUAAAACAGGACCAGUCUAUUCACAAACUGUGGAACUUGAAACAUGUAUAUGGUAACGUCGUGUGUUAUUAUCCGUCUUUUGAGGACACCAGUGUUGCCUAAUCCUCUUUCUUGUUGUGUGCUGCUGACAGGAGAAUGUUUAUAGUUUACUGACUUACUGCUUCCCGUGCAUGUGACGUGUCAGAGCAGUGUGUGUGUGUGUGUGUGUGUGUUCAGUGAUGAACAUAUUGAGUGUGUGCUGAAGACAGGCAGCAAAGGAAUAUUGUAACGUCUGAACUUAACGCGAUGUAAAAGCGAACGUCAAGUGGAAGUCUUGUACCGUGUAAUGACAUUGUAUGAAGUACAAUAAAGUACUGUGGUUGAGCUCA